CUGACUUUUGCUAACUUUUCCCUUUCCCUGUGUGACUGUGUUGUUGAACUUGGUAGAGAAAUGUCUUCAGCACCGACAUUUUCAGGAAUUGACCCAAACCAACACAAGCGUGUGUCUACUCAGUCCAAACCUGGAUUCCUAGAGAGAUUAGGUGAAACUCUAGGAGGAACAGUCCUUGGAGUUGGACUGUUUUUCCUCUCAAUAUACGUUCUUUUCACCAAUGAGGGACGGGCUCUGCAGACGACGUAUUCCCUGAAUGAAGGUCUCUCUCAGGUCGUGUCACUGGGACCUUACAUCAGUCUUGACCUGCAGAACAACAACCGCUUAGUUCACCUGUCUGCUCAGCUGCACACCUCACUGCCCCUGCACGACCCCAACUACAGAGUGAUGGUGCAGGCCGUGAAGCUGAAGCGGGAGGUGGAGAUGUAUCAGUGGGUGGAGUACCAAGACAGCAAGGACUACGAAGAGGACGGUCAAACCAAGACUGAGACGACAUACACCUACAAUACCGAAUGGAAAUCAGAGUUGAUCAACAGUCGCAAUUUCGAUAAGGAAAUUGGUCACCAGAACCCAAGUGCCAUGGCUGUUGAGAGUGUGACAGUCGUGGCUCCUGACGUCACAGUUGGACCUUUCCAUCUGUCUAAAGGCCUGGUGGAGCAGAUUAACAACUUCCAGACUCUGAGCUUGAAGCAUAUUGCUGCCCUGAACUUUGACCCUUUUCUCACCAUUGAUGAUGAUUAUUUCUAUCACACUCAAAACCCACGCAGGCCCGAGGUCGGGGAUGUUCGUGUGAGAUUCUCCUUCGCUGGAGUAAGCGGUGAGAUGCCUCACAUCGGCCCGGUCCAAACUGUCAGUAUUGUGGCCAUGCAGAGAGAAGAGCAACUGAUGCCCUUUAAGACCAAGUCAGGUGACACUCUGGAGAUCCUGUACCUGGAGGAGCUCUCUGCAGAGGAGGUUUUUACAAGGGAACACCAGUACAACAGUGCGAAGACAUGGGGUCUCAGGGCUGCUGGCUGGGCGCUCAUGUUCCUCAGUAUUCAGCUGACUAUGCGCAUCAUUUACACAUUAGUGGACUGGGUUCCUGUUCUCAGAGAGCUGGUGUCUGUGGGGCUGAAGAUCUUCGCUCUGUGCGUCUCCUGCUCUCUGUCUCUUCUCACCAUAGGAGUAGGUUGGCUUUUUUAUCGACCAUUAGUGACAGCGACUCUGGCAGCGCUUGCUCUGCUUCCUGUGUUUCUCGCCCGCUCAGGACUUCCAGCCAAAAAGAACCAGUGACUAGUCAACUGAUGAUUAUCACAAGUUUCUGACGUGUGGUUGUAUCCGUCCAUCAGAGGAGAGAGACAGUGUUGUGCAGCUGGUUUUUCCACAGUGGAUUGUGAACUGUACAGGAUAAAACUGAGCCUAUAUGGCAAUAAAUGUUUUGUUAUAAUAGAUACAAUAAUAGGUUUGAACCAAUAUCCAUCAUGUGUGUUCAAAUGCAUUUGAACAUAUUUGCAGUUUCAUCAGCCUGUAAAUACAUUUAUAUAUAAAAGGAAACCACACUUUAACCACUUCACUGAUGUUAGACACAGGUGGAAGUCAUUGGUUGUUGCCUUAAACCAAAUGUUAUCAGUUGUGGCCUUUCAGAAGUUCAUCCACACACGCAAAACCUCACUGUGCUCGUACUUGAUAUUUUGUCGCUCACAAUGAGCAAUAAAAGAUUGCUACAGUCUUUUUUCUUUUUUACUGUAAAUAGACUUGUUGCUCCUGCCAAUCAAAGUAUGGUUCUUAUAUGAAACAUAAGUUGUUUAUGUAUCCUGAUUUCCUCCCUGUCAGCAAUAUGAAGGGACAUUGUUUACCCAUUUUAAAAACAUUAAGCUUUCUGUCUCAUCAGGUGUUUUCAUGAAUUAAUGACCUGUUGUGGUGUAUAAACGUCUUUGAGGUUAAUUCACACAGUUCACUUUUCAAAUGUGAAAUUUGAAAAGUGAUGUUUGUUCAAACCUCUUUGACACUAAAGACCUAGG